ACGGCGCUCCAUCUGGUUUUAUCCGGUUCAGUUCUUUCGUGAGGGAGAAAAGUGAGGUUAGGUUCCGCAGGAUUGUGACAAUUUCUUUUUGUUUAUGCGUGUCUUUUCACGCUCGGCGCGAUGGAGAGGCACUCGCGCGACCGUAGUAGACACAGGUCGAGGAAGGAACGCAACGAUGAUUACAGGACCGAGGAUCGAGCGUCGCGAGAAAUUCGCGAUCGCAUAGAGUACCACCGAUCCGGGAGCUCGAAGUCCAGACAUGAACACUCCAGCGACAAGCGUAAGAAAUCGAGGGACGACUCUCGCUCGCGUCGCGAGUCGCAAAAAUCUUCCAAGCGUAAGAACAAAAAGAGGGAAACUUCCUCGUCGUCCUCGUCAGACUCGUCGAGCAGGUGUAGCGAUGGCUCGUCUACAGACUCAUCCUCAGAUUCCACAAAAUUAUUAGAGAAGCUGCAGAAGCAGCGAAAGAAACAGUUGGAGGAACGUAAACACCAGAAGGAAGUCAUGAAGGCGACAGAGACGCCAGAGGAGAAGCGCCUACGUCGCUUGAAAAAGAAGGAGGCCAAGGAACGCAAGCGUAAGGAGAGGAUGGGGUGGGACAAUGACUAUCUGCACUACACGAAUACAGACAAUCCGUUUGGUGAUGGCAAUAUCUUGUCUACCUUUGUAUGGUCAAAAAAAUUGGGAAAGGAAGGUCUGCUUGGGGUUGGUAGGGAAGAAUUGGAGAUUCGUAACAGGCACAAGCAAGAGGAGACCAAGCGAGAGCUGGAGAAGGUGAAGAAGAGACGGCAGGAGAGAGAACUCGAGCGGCAACAGAGGGAGGAAGAGAUGACCAUGUUGCAGAGGGGCAAGGAGGCUGCCCAGUUAGAGCAGUGGGCUCGGCAAGAGGAUCAGUUUCACCUUGAGCAGGCCAGACUCAGAUCACGCAUCAGGAUCCAGGAUGGUCGCGCGAAACCCAUUGAUCUCCUUGCCAAGUACAUUAGUGCGGAGGAGGAGGUUGACGCAGUGGAAAUGCACGAACCAUAUACGUACCUACGAGGUCUGCAAGUGAAAGACCUGGAAGACCUUAUAGAGGACAUAAAGGUCUACAAGGAACUGGAGAGGGGCAAAAAUUUAGAUUAUUGGAAUGAUAUAACAGUGAUUGUGGAGGACGAGCUGCACAAACUUAGGAAGCUGGAACGAACGGAGUACGAAGUUGCUGUUGGUAGAAGAGAAGGAAUUCACGAAUCAGUUGCUAAAGACGUUACGGCCAUUUUUAAGGGUAAAACUGCGGCGCAAUUGGAAGCGUUGCAAUUGCAGAUUCAGGCGAAAAUAACAGGCAAGCCGGAAGGCGUCGAUAUCGGAUAUUGGGAGAGCCUUUUGUCUCAGUUAAAAGCUCAUAUGGCGAGGGCACGACUGAGAGAUCGGCAUCAGGAGAACCUACGUAAAAAGUUGGAGGUACUGAUCGCCGAGCAAGGCGUAGCCAGAGCGGAAAACGAGGCCACCGAGGGUUCGCAAGCACAAGAAAGCGAAUCUACCAUGAGACAAGACGAGCCUUCCUCCAGCACAGCUGUCGAGAAGAACGAAGACAGUCAUUCCAAUGAUGACCAAGAAGAGAUAAACGCUGCCAAUGAUUUAUUAUCUGAAUCUUUCCGCGAGUAUGAAGCGGGCGGCUACUCGCCGACUUACGUACCAUAUUCGCAACUUGAGCCAGGAACGCUUGUCACGCAGGAAGACGAGGACAACCAGCGAUUGGAGUACGCGAGGCAGCAGGUUCUCAGUACCGGUAGGAAAAUUCAGAAUGUGCUGACGACCGAGGAGCAGGCGAUGCACCGAGAGGCACGCAAGGGUAUGGGCUCAGAUGAGGCGCAGUUCAGCGUCGAGUCGUCGCUGGAGGCGCAGAUCUAUCUGUGGUCUGACAAGUACCGGCCACGAAAACCGCGCUACUUUAACCGCGUGCACACCGGCUUUGAGUGGAACAAGUACAAUCAGACGCACUACGAUAUGGAUAAUCCGCCGCCAAAGAUAGUGCAGGGCUACAAGUUCAACAUUUUCUAUCCGGACCUCAUUGACAAAAAUACCACGCCGGAAUACUUUCUCCGCGUGCAAGUGUUCUGCGGGGAGGAGCCGGAGAGGCCGAAGACAGCGAAUCUCACGAAACCGAGCGUGCUGGACCCCGCGCUCGCGGACAAGCUUGAUAUGUCAUUGCUCAGUAAGGAAUUGCUUUGCGACUCGGUGACGCGUCUCCAUCAAUUGGCCGCAAAUGGCAAGCCGAUCAGUGGGGGCACGACAUCGUCAUCGUCAUCAUCGUCGCUGUCGUUGCUGCUACCGUCGCCGCCGUCGGAAGCACGACGACGCCAGGGCGCUGCCGUCAAUGUCGUGACGACCACCACCUGGCCAACGUCUCACGACGACGUGGUUCCAGUGCGUCGUCAGCGGCGUAGCUUCGAGCAGAUUUACGAGUCGCGGGUCGUGACAGGCCAAAUGGAGAUCAAUGGAUCGCGAUCGUCCGCCGAAAGUCAGAAGGUCACGUCGCCUGCAGUCUUUGCGACGCAGGAGUAUGCGUUCGCCAAACGAAACUCCGACAUUAGAAGACUCGACGAUAACAAUAAUAAAAACAGUUCUCCCAAAACGCUAUCGACGUUGAAGAAGAAGAACUCAAGGCCCAGUCUAUCAAAUGACCUGGAAAUAUUCACCGCCACGUCGGCGAAAAGCGCCCCGGAGCCUUGCAAGACUUGCGGACGUCCAGAUCAGCCGGAAAGAUUUCACAGUCAUCCGAAGGGUAGCCAGAAAAUCAAGGAUAUUCCAAUAUCAACGACGAAAUCGAAACCUACAGUGCCAUCGGUACCAAAAUCUAUCCAGAAGCCGGUGGCGUUGAACUUUCGUAGCGACCGGAACAAGAAUAAACUUGACGAGACCGAAAUCAAUCCUCAGGACCCGGAGAGUCAGCAAGGCUCUAGGUCGUUAUCCGCGCCGAUGAGACGGGGUCCGAAAUCCAUCACGUGCUACGUAUGCGGCCGGGAAUUCGGCACCGCCAGUUAUCCCAUACAUGAGCCUAAGUGCAUGGAGAAAUGGGAGCGUGAAAAUAAUUUGUUGCCUCCGUCUCAAAGACGACCCAGGCCGCAAAGACCCGUGGUCGGAAUCGAGCACAACGAGUGGAACGCAGCUGCAUGGGAGCAAAGUCAGGAGCAAUUAGUUCCGUGUGCGAAGUGUGGGAGGACGUUUUUGCCGGAACGAUUGCCGGUCCACGAGAGAAGUUGUAAAGCCAUGCCGAAGAGUAAUGAACGAAUGGCCACGUCGGCGAACGUACGCAACGCGCCGCCCACUGUUCCCUGUCGUGUUUGUGGUAGAAAAUUCGGUACUAGAAGCAUCAAGAUUCACGAACCUCAAUGCAAUAGGCGAUGGCAAGCGCAGAAUGAUUCAAGACAGCAGGAAAAUCAAGCCCCCAGGCAAUCGGACGAUAAUGGACAGGAAAUUCCACCAAAAUAUACGAUGUAUCCGGAUGUGUUGCAAAAGAAAACAGUUACAUGUUAUAUCUGCGGCCGAGAUUUCGGUUCCUCGAGUAUUGCCAUUCACGAGCCCCAAUGCUUGAAGAAGUGGCAUGCCGAGAAUGAUAAGCUAUCGCCGGCGCGAAGAAGAAAGGAGCCGCAAAAACCCGAGAUUAUAUACACACAAGAUUCCCGCACAGGAAACACAGUGGUCGAUCAUGUAGCGACGACAGAGGCCAACUGGAUGACGCAUCUGAGCCAGCUGGUGCCCUGCAAGCAUUGCGGAAGGACCUUCAAUCCUGAUCGUGUAAACAUACAUGAGAAAAGCUGUAAAGGGAGCCGUUAGGUCUGUCGGUUCUCUUAGCCUAUACUUAAUGUCAGAACAAGUUAUACUAAUCAAGUAUCGCAUAUAUUUUCUAGAAGUGAUCCAUCUGUGUUUUUAUAUCGAAUAACAUCUAACUCUGUAACAUAUAGCAUCCAUAUAGAAAUUUGCAAUUUUUUUACGUAGAGCCUGCUUCUAUCUAAGUUAACUUUAUUAAUUACGGACGAUGCUAUCGAUUAUGUAAAUCGUGAUCAGCGAUUUAAGUUUCGAGUAGGACUGUAAAAGUGAGUGAUAAUUUAAGACUCUGAUAUACGGCACCUAAUGUGCACCCUGAGAGAACACACGAAUAUUAUUAGACAUUACGGAUCAGUGCAUAAUUGUAAUGCAAUUUAAGUUUACUUAAUUACGCAAAUUAAUCAUCAACUAAUUGUACAUAAUACAUGUCCCAGAGUUACUUCGGUUCGCGGAUCGUCUCGUCGGCGUCUAUCCUGAGUCUAUUUCUUGCGACUGCGUUGCAUAUUGUAUCAUUUUGUACCUAAAACGAAGUAUGAUUAGACACUUGAAAAGAGAGAAAAAGAGGAAAGUCCAGGGAGUCUAGCGACAAGGAAACGUUCCACUCGACGUCGAGCAGAUAAUUCGCAAUGUCUUUGUAACUCAAAUGAGAUUUUAUAAAAUAAAGUCCAUUCAAAGGAGAAA